AGCUGGUAUCAUUGUACGAAUCCUUCAACUACACUUCGAGAGCUACGUUGACUGAGGAGAAACAAUAAGAGGUGGAAGUUCUACUAAUCAAUUACAAGACACAUCCAACCUUGCACCACAAAAGAAACAAAUAACGUUUUGAGGUUAUUGAAUCAACAUAUAACCAUUACAAACCUAUAACACCAGAGUACUUUAGAAAAGAUGGCCCAAUACAAUUCAUCGAGCGAAAGAUGGGAGGCUUAUCAAUUUUGUGACCCAUUUGCCUCAUCGUCGUUUGUUUGUUGUAACAAGAAGAACAACACAGUUUGUCGUCCUUUGUGUGAUUUCCUUCCCAAGGUUGCCUCCAAAGAGGAUAUCUUGUUUAUGAAUGACAUCCAAGAAGCAAGAACAAUGGGAUUUGAAGUGUGCUCACGCUGUGACCCAGCCUCUGACCGCAAUUGUGUUGAUUUAGAGCUUUUGAAGCGUACCAUUGAACAUAUCAACAAAUCAAUUGGGUUUUCACAGGAGGGCAUGACAUCUUUUAAGAAGCGUGCUUUGAGUACGCCCGCAGUGAAGACGUCAGACGGUCAUUUCAGUGAACACCAUCUCACAAGGAACGAAAGCGAGCACAUCAAACUUGUGGAGCUUGCAUGUCGCCACAUCGCCCAUGCAGCAGCAGAGAAUGUCUUAAAACAACAGAGAGAACAACUUGAUAAGUCUCAGCAGAAGAAGAAGAGAAGAGGAGGAGUGUUGGGAUUCAAGGAGUUGGCUUCAAAAUCCAAGCUAUCUCCAUGGCAUUUCCACCGUGUGUUUAAGAGCGUUACAGGCCUAACACCAAAGGCGUACGGAGAUCAAUGCUGGAAGUUCAUCAAGAGCCAGGAACGUCCUUCCACUCUACGUACACGCUCUCACUUUAGAUCAAACUCCGACAUCACCAAGAACUAUACAACUGGUCGUAAGUUGAAGAUGGAGAAUGACGAUGGCAUUGCACCAACUGAGAAACACACCGAGUUGCAGGAGUCAUUAGCAAAAGCACCAGCACCAGCAGCUCUACAAGCUCAACCACCACAUGUUCAACAUCAACAACAAAUGUAUCCAUUUGGAUCCAAUUUGGACAUCAACAUGAGACACCACAGCUUAGAUUUGGGACUCGUUGCUGAGUUGGGAUCCAUGAAUGCUGGUCAGUUGGAUAGUCUCUUGAUGUCACCAGAGUUUUCAUCUCUCGAUUCUGUCCAAUCACUCUCUGAUUCAGUUGUUCCAUUGGAUAUGGGCCGUACGUCUUUGCAGUUCGACCAAAACACACCACCACAGUUUGUGUCAAAUGAAAGCGAAGUUUCAACCACUCCUUCAUUAGAGGAUGGCGCAUCUUUAAGUCUUUACCCUGGUGAGGGUCCAUUCUGGCCAUCCCUUGAGACGUCCACGCCACCACAGGAUUUCAAAGAAGGAACACAAGAGUCACUUUACAACGUUUUACUCGAGAAUUCCCCAUUAGAUAACGAUGGAUUAUUUCACAUGACUGACUAUCCAGGUUACAGCGCAUUAGGUGCUGCAGAAGGUGUGGAUUCGGAUAUGCUCUUUGGGGAGGAGUCCAUGACUGCAAUGUUUGAACCUCAGAAUGCGUUCCAUCAGCCACAACUUCAGAGCCACCACAGGGGGGAAGAUGCUCUAUUUCAAGGUAUUACAAUGAUGAAGCCUGAUACGAAUGAUUUAAGAGUAUGAUUAUGUGAACUAUU